CAAUUUCGGGCACCGCAAUUUUCUGUCCAGGCACAAAUUUGCGACCCAAGCACAUGCAUCCCGCCUCCGCUCCCUCAGCUGUCCCCUCGCCAAACCAUUCUCCCCACCAACGAAGCACAAGCGUGGGGCAUCGCGUCGAGGCAUUCCUUACCACCAUCCCUGCAGAGCAGAUACCAAUGAAGAAGCCAGCCGACGGCCAGCCGUCAGCGAUGGCGCCUGGUGAUCCCUCCUCGGCCGAAGCAAAGCUGCUUCCUCCUCCGGCUUCUGGCCCAAGCAGCAUGAAAUUCAUAAAUCCGGACGACCCUAUCUGCGUCUUGCUCGUCGGUCCAUCGCAGAACGGGAAGACCACUUUGAUCAACCGCAUCAUCGACCUAGCUGCAAACCAUGUCGAGCGUGGACAAGAAGGCAACAAGACUGGGAAAUGCACACAGACCACGGCCGUGUACGAUCUGGACGUCCAGCUUUCCCAAUACGCCAUAUUCAACAAGGAAACGGGUUUGGAGAUCCCCGAUAUCACCACCGAUGAGAUGAGUCUCAUUAGAAACUGGAGAAAGGGAUCCAAGGACGGCGAGCUUAUGCUGCUCAAUCCGCACGCGCACUACGUCAAGCUCCGAUUGAUUGACACUCCGGGCCUUGACGAUAGCGAGGGCAAGGACUACCAGAACAUGGAAAGCGUCCUCGGUGCCCUCAACAGCAUGUCUCAGGCCGAGGAGCCGUGGAAACGCAAGAUUAAUGCCCUCGUGCUUGUUUACAACUCGAAGAACACCUUUUCGAGUUCAUUCCAAGCUGCCGUCAAGAACUACCACCAGUCCAUGCCAAACUUGUUCGGCACCAUGGCCUUCGUCAACACGCACUUUGACGUCAACCAUCUCCGCCAGGAGAGAAGCAAGUUGGUACAGCUGAAACAACUUCUCGACAAACCAGAGGAAAGCGCGCGCCGCGCUAUUGCCGUUGGACGUGCCGAUGCCUUUCGAAAGCUCGUUGGCCUAGGCCUGAAACCGACAUAUUUUUAUGUCGACAACCGGCCACCCGCCGGCAAGCUCUGGUCAGAGCUGCUGUCUCGCAACACCAUCAUCGACCUCGUGACGUACCUGGCCGCUUCCAAGUCCAGCCCCAUGCCCAUCAGGCAGAUGCGAGUUUCCAAGAGCCCCGACAUGGAGGCAGUCGACGCAAAGCUACAGCGCUUCCUCGCAACUGCCAUACGGAACUGGUCCACCGAGCAGAGCGCCAUGCAUGAGCGGCUGUCUGCGGCUGAGUUCUUUGAAAAUAAUAUGUCGCAGAUCCGCAAGCACUUGGAGAACUCCAUCGCCCGCUGCCGCACGGAGCUAGCUCUAUUGGACAACGACACACGCUUCGAUCUACAGCCCUACAUGACAGACGACAACCCAAACAUUGGCUUCUUGUUCUUCGGCGGUGCGAUCCUACAGAUGAGAGUCCAAAACUCCAUGGAGAUCACACAGCCGGACUUCCCAGACGAGUUCUUCGUCGAGACUGUGGAUGGACCAACCGGGGAAUGGGGCGAUUUCGAGUGGAAGGAGAACCCACGCACGUGGAUCGGCAAGUACCAGGGUUUCCCUGGCAGGGCCCCGAGGCUGCUGGCGAAGUCCUGGACGUACAACAGGACCAAGUACAAGACGAGAAUUAAGGAUCUCAAGACGCAGAUGUGGGAGCACGAGGCCUUUCUGGAGGAGAACGAGGCCAAGUGGAGGGCGCGCCGCAAGCAGCAGAUCAAGGAGGAUGACCCCAUAGCGACCGACCGCCAGACAGAGGAGGGUGCGAAGCUCGACUUGCUGAGCAGCUGGAUCGAGACUGCGAAGCAUUUACAGCAGUUGUUGGAUCAGAAAUGCCCCCCGAUCGAUUCGGGCUUCAACGAGGCCGCCAGAAAGAGGUACCAGAAGACGAGCAGUCAGAUUGACAUUUCUGAUCUUUACGAGUGUGUCAAGGCUGCCGAUCUGAGCAUUGAUCUUCUGUCUCCAUUGAAGACUGUGUUUCUGGACGAUGGCAGCAUAUGAAGCUUUGUGCUGGGGAUCUGGUGGAGAGGAGUCGCUUUUGGGGUUCCAUUUCUGGUAUCAUGGCGUGAGAACGGAUCAUCACAUUAGACCGCCGGAGCCUGUUUUGUCCCGACGGUCGGUUGGGUUGGGAACCACCUCUAGGCAUGAUUUGAACAAGGUGAUAUGAAUUGCACGUUCUGUAGGACUUAAGUAGCACAAAAAGUUAACGGAGACAUUGCAUAGCAAGAACGAGUCUUCACCAAAAUUUUCACAAAGCAAGGGAGCAAAGGCUAGAUAAAAUAAGGGAGGAAACUGCCACGAACAAGAACGGACUCGUCAGUUUCCAUUCUGUAGACGGAACCUGCAAUCUUAGUCCCAGGAAUGUUGUCUAUGUAGUGACUAUCCUC